GCAUAAACUACAAUGUGUUCAAAUUUUUUUAUAGGUUUUGGAUUUUUGCUAUUAUGUAAUGGAAUUAUUGCGAGUCCUAGAAUAGAUCCUUUAGUGGAAACGAAAGUUGGCCUCAUACGAGGCUUAACAGCAAGUGAUGGUGAUUAUUCCAUGUUUUUGGGAAUACCUUUUGGUGUAGUUGAUGAAACCAACCCCUUUGGCCCUUCAACGCCUUAUCCGAAAUUUGAAAAUACUUUUGAAGCUUAUGAUGAUUCCGCAAUAUGUCCACAAAUUGAAGAAUUCAACAACACAUUAGUCGGUUCACUGGACUGUCUGCAUCUCAACAUUUACGUACCAAAGUCAGCCACUUCUCAAAACCGUGUACCCGUCCUUGUUUGGAUCUAUGGUGGAGGUUUUUCGAUCGGUUUCUCAGGCAGGUACCUCUAUGGUCCGAAAUUUCUUGUUAAAAAUGAUAUUAUUUUGGUAACAAUCAAUUAUCGUCUGGGACCUUACGGUUUUAUGUGUCUGGGCACACCAGAAGUGCCUGGAAACCAAGGACUUAAGGACCAACUAUUAGCUUUACGAUGGAUAAAUAAUAAUAUUGAGUCCUUUGGUGGCGAUGUAAACAAAAUAACUAUUAUGGGCGAGAGUGCAGGUGGAAUAUCGGUUGAUUUACAUUUGUAUUCAGCUCAAGAGACUUUGUUCAAGAGUGUCAUUUUGCAAAGUGGAACUGCAUUUUUACCAGGAACUUUAACCGAACCAAAACCUGAAUUGUCUUUGAAGUUAUCAGAAAAUCUUGGAUUUACAACCGAUGAUGUUUCUGAAGCCUUGACGUUUUUAUCAUCUAUUGACCCACAUUUAAUUAUUGCAUCUGCAUCAACUGUAGAUAGAUUUUGGCCUUGUAUUGAAAAUCAAUUUGAUAAUACGGAAACAUUUAUUACUGAUUACCCAGUUAAUAUGGAAAUUCCAAAAGUUAGAAAUAUGCCCAUUUUGAUUGGAUUCAACGACAAUGAAAUGAUAACUCAUUAUGCAAAUCGAGAUACUGAGUUUUUUGAAAUGCAUAAUGGUAUAUUUGCAGAAAGAUUGAAUAGUGGUUUUAAUUUCGAUGCUGAUACACUUUUGGAAAUGGAGAUGUUUGUAAGACACUUUUACAUUGGUGACGAAAAGAUUACUGAAGAAUUGAAGUUUGUUCUUGCCGAUAUGCUUUCAGAUUUUGGUUAUAACUAUCCUACUGUAAGAAGUAUAGCAAAUUAUAUCAAAAAUAGAGCAAGUAAUAUUUACCACUAUGUGUUCUCUUACAACGGAGGAAGAAAUUUCGUGAAAAGGAAGAAUAACGUGACUAUCGGAGGUGCAGCUCACGCUGAUGAAAUUGGAUAUUUAUUUGAUGUCUCGUUCUGGCAUGAAAAACCUGAACUGCAUGACCAGCUUAUAUUGGACAGAAUGACUACUAUGUGGGCAAACUUUGUAAAAUAUAGCAAUCCUACUCCACAAAUCACAGAAUUGUUGCCGGUCCGAUGGGAACCAAUAAACGAAGGAUCUCCUUACUAUUACUUGGACAUUAACUCGGAGCUCAAACUUGAACGGAGGCCUUUCCACAACAGAAUGGCGUUUUGGGAGCUUUUUUACAAUCUCAACAAAAAAUAUGUUACGGGUUAUAGGGAAUACUGACAUUGAACUGUUUCAUUGCGGAGAUAGUAUAAGCAAAUUUGUCAAUAGUUUUAUUAUUUUGCCUGAUGUAGUUUUUUACAAAAUUAACUGGUACUAUUAUAACCUAUUGUUCAGACAUAAACACGAUGCAACAUAUACUAAAAUUAGUUGUAUAUCUUUACUUUACACAAACUUUUGAUUUAUAUUUACGUUAUUUGCCAGAAACAUUAAAAUCUCUGUUUAUCAUUAGUAACUUUGAGGUGGUAGUCACUGCGCUAAUAUUAUACUUAAUUAAAUUAUAUCUUGAUUUCGAUUUUAGAUGAAAAACUAUAUACAUAUAUAAUUUUUAGGAAUUUAUCAAUAGUGCCUUUUUAGUCAAUUAGGAUGUUAGUGUAUUAUUAGGUACCUACAGACACUGACUUUGUAUAAACACCGUAGUACCGAUUUUAUUAAUUUCUCGCUAAUGCUAACUUAUUACUACUUAUUUUUAAUAUUUUCACUAAUCUU